UAUUCUACAAGUUUAAACAUGUGCGGUUGCUUAUCUGAUCUUUGCCUUAUCAUUAUCUCGGUAUUGUUCCCACCUUUGCCCGUAUGGAUAAGAAGAGGGGUGUGUUCUGCCGACUCCUUCAUCAACAUCUUAUUGUGUAUUUUAGGAUACUUUCCAGGAUUGAUCCAUUCAUGGUACAUUAUUGCCAAAUACCCUCCUUACACGGUUCAUACCCAGUCUAAGAUUUACUACAUUCAUAAUGGCGACUUGGAACAGGGCCACGGUGCUGGCUCCGAGGGUCACCAUCACCAUCACCAUCACCAGCACAACACCGUCAUUAACCAGGAACCUUCCAGCUCAUCUCAGCCCAACUAUGGGGCAGUAAGUGAUGAGGUGAUUGCCAGCCCACCUCCAUACACCGAGCUUCCUAAGAGCACGUAGAGGUAAGAUCAUUAGAGAUAUCUUUUGUAUGUGAAUAUUAUAUAGAGUGAAUGAUUAAUGGAUAAUACGAUAGCCGAAGUGCAAAACGGAGAAUAUCAC